AUGGCUUCACGAAACCCCACUGGAUUUGAUCUUAAGCAGUUCAAGGCCGCUGCGUCGCCUUCCUCUAUCUACGCUAAGCGGGAUCCCUGGGCGCGCAACGAGACCUGGCGCUACACCGGUCCCUUCACCCGCUGGAACCGCUUCAAGGGUCUUUUCCCCGGUCUUGGUAUCGCUACCGUCGCUUUCACUGCCUACUGCGCCUACGAGCACUUCUUCCUUCAAGAUGACCACCACCACGGUGAUGCCCACCACGGCGAGGGCCACCACUAA